AUGAGCAACGAAAAAGACACCAUGAACAUGAGCGGUCUCAGCGCCGCUCUUAACGAGGUGGAUCGUGCGGGGCUUGUUAAUGCUCUUAAGGACAAGUUGCAGAAUUUGGCUGGACAACACUCAGAUGUCCUUGAGAAUUUGAGUCCGACAGUCAGGAAGCGUGUCGAGGUUCUAAGAGAGAUUCAGAACCAAUACGAUGAGAUGGAAUCAAAGUUCUUCGAGGAGAGAGCAGCUCUUGAAGCUAAAUAUCAAAAGCUAUACCAGCCUUUAUACACCAAGCGAUAUGAGAUUGUGAACGGUGUGGUUGAAGUUGAAGGUGCACCGGAAGAAGUAAAAACUGAACAAGGAGAAGAUAAAGCUGCUGAAGAGAAAGGAGUACCAGAUUUCUGGCUUAUUGCAUUGAAGAACAAUGAAAUUACCGCUGAGGAGAUAACUGAGCGAGAUGAAGGUGCUCUCAAGUAUCUUAAAGAUAUCAAGUGGAACAGGGUUGAAGAACCAAAGGGGUUCAAGCUUGAGUUUUUCUUUGAUCAGAACCCUUACUUCAAGAACACUGUAUUGAGCAAGACAUAUCACAUGAUUGAUGAAGAUGAGCCUAUACUCGAGAAGGCCGUUGGGACUGAGAUUGAGUGGUAUCCUGGAAAAUGUUUGACUCAGAAGAUCCUAAAAAAGAAGCCAAAGAAGGGAUCCAAAAACACAAAGCCUAUCACUAAGACUGAGGACUGUGAAAGUUUCUUCAACUUUUUCAGCCCACCUCAAGUUCCUGAAGAUGAAGAGGAUCUUGAUGAUGAACUGGCUGACGAACUCCAAGGCCAAAUGGAGCACGACUAUGAUAUCGGAAAUCUGGAAGAAGUCAACUUGCGGAGGGUCAAACCGGUGAGAGGCCGCCGGAGUGUAAGCAGCAAUGAAGAAUCUACUUCUCGCCUGAGAAGAAGCUUAUAG